CUGCAGAAGCACGAGAGACAGCCCGAGAGACCGGAGUUGCCGGACCGAGCCGCUGACAUAGUAAAUGUCCGAAUAAAAUACACACUUGGAAAAAGAGAGAAAAAUUAGGGCCAUUGGGAAGGCUGAAGUGUGCUAAGUUAGCAAUCAUACCGAAUCGACAGCAAAAGCGAUCGCCCGCAAUCUGCGCACGGAAAAUCCGAGACUCGGCGACUUAGCAGGACGAUAGAGCGACAGCGAUCCCGAAGGCAGGACGACAAAUGGCGGAGAACGGACUGCGCGUGCCAGGGUCAUCCGCGGUGGCCUCUGCGGUGGCUUCCACUGCGACGGGAGUCGGCGGUGGAUCAGCAGCGGGAACUGCGGGGGCCGGGACAGGAGUGGUGCCCACCGGCGUCAGCGGCGGGACGAGCAACGGGGAGCAUGAGAACGAACACAACGCCAACGCAGACGGCGAGAAGGCCCAGCCGGCGCCGGCGGUCCAGAAGUACAUGCAGGAGCUCAUGACGGAGCGAUCGCGCAUGGAAAACCACUUCCCCCUGGCGGUGAAGCUAAUUGACGAAGCUCUGGAGCGUGUGCAGCUAAACGGACGCAUUCCCACGAGAGACCAGUACGCCGAUGUCUACCAGCAGCGCACCAUCAAGCUGUCCCAAAAAGUGCACGUGCCCAUCAAGGACAAGAAGUUCAACUAUGUGGGCAAGCUACUGGGGCCCAAGGGCAACUCACUGCGUCGCCUGCAGGAGGAGACGCAGUGCAAGAUCGUCAUACUUGGUCGCUUCUCAAUGAAGGAUCGCGCACGUGAGGAGGAGCUGCGCAACUCCGCGGACGCGAAGUACGCCCACCUGAAUCUUCCUCUGCACGUCGAGGUGUCCACCAUUGCUCCGCCCGCCGAGGCGUACGCUCGGGUGGCGUAUGCCCUGGCCGAGAUUCGGCGGUACCUCACGCCGGACAAGCACGAUGACAUCCGCCAAGAGCAGUACCGCGAACUCAUGGAGGAUCCGGAGGCGGCCAAGAAGCUGACGCUUCGCCAGCUGCAACAGCAGUCGAAUGCGGCAGCUAGUGGUGCAGGAGGAGGAGGCGGUGGUGGAGGCGGAAACGGAAAUGGCGGCGCAGCUGGAUCCGGCAGCAAUAAUGGCAAUGGGAACCAGCGCUCCGGCGGCAACUACAGACAAAAGUUUCAGCAACAAUCACACUAUCGCCACAACGAGGAGACUGUCUAUUUUCGCUCACACAACAAUGCGUACCACCAGCCAAAACCCUAUGUGCCAGCCGCCCAACGGGGCAAUGCCAUGCACACCACCUUGCCACCGCAAGCAAUUGUGCGAGCCUCACCGCCCGGAAUGGUCGUCAGUGCGGCCAGCUUCAAUGGCCGAAAUGCCGGACUGGGUAAUGCCGGCGGUGGCGGAAUCAUGGCCAAUAGCAUCGUGGCCACCACUGGCGGUGGCAUCGGUGGCGCUGUGCCGCCUAACAUGCGUUACCGUCCCGCUGCCCCCUACCAGUUUGUCAAGAAAUAAUACAGAUGGGAGGAUGCACCGCCCGCUGCCGUUCGCUGUUUGUUCAACUAUUCCUCACCAUCAUUGAUGCCUCAUCCGGAAGUAUUCACGCCCAUCUGUCAUACCCAUCCAAACACCCACAACCACACACAGCUCCAAAGGGUGGAAACCAAAACGAAACGAAUGAGUAAAUCUAUGUUUAAGAAAACUAGCCUAAGUAGACAAAUGCUCCGAGGAACAGACGAACACCUCAGCCACCCAACCAAAACCAAAACUAACCGACCAGACAAACACCCACCACCCCACACGCACGCAACCUCUUCUCGAGGAUUGGGUUCGAAGGAUCACGAGGGUCUGCGAUCUAAGACUUUGGAAUCCGUGUGUUGGGCCCUGCGAGCAUUUGGAAGAGAAGAAUUGAAGAAGAAGAACGAGGAGGAGGUGGAGAACGCCUCGAUGUUGGAUCGGGCCGAAUCGAAUGGACGCAUUCAAGGUUGGUCCCAGUCGAGCCAAAUGUCCUUGUUUUGUUUUGUCGCAUAUUAUUAACAUUUUAAUUUUACCACUGACGCGUGCGAAGAUUUCAUCACUUUGUAAUUUAUAUAAAUGAAUAUAUAUAUCUCCUUAUGCUUACUAUCAUACGUAUCCUUCUCGCAGUCGCUUUAACUCUAUUGCUUUUCCAACUCUGCGUUUAAGUUUAUCCCAUUUUUUGUUGUAAUGCGUUUUGUAUUAUGUUUACGUUUAGAAGAGGAGGCUUCUUAUUUUUAUUUGUUACGUCGCCAGGACAGAAAAAGCAACUGCAAACGAUCAUGAAUAAUAUAUAUAACAAGUAUAUACAAGCGGUAUGAUUUAUAACACAUAGUGCAUAUGCAACACCACACGAUCAUACGCGCGUACGCAUAUUCAAAACAUCAGCAUAUUCACCUAAAGCCGUAAAGUUUAAACCAAAUGAACAUUAGAAACGCAAACGAGAAUCUAAAACACAGAUCGGAGCAGGAGACCGAUUUCGCCUACGAUAAUGCAAAUGCAACGGACAUAGCAAACCACAUACGAUCAGAGAAAAUAUGCAAACACAUACAUACAUACAUAAUUGUUAUUGUUGUUAAAAGCAACUAAAAUUGUAAUAGAAAUUAUGCAAAUAUACAUACGAAUAUGACGACAAAUGUUAAUUGCAGCCUAGUUAUUAUUUUGUUCAUUCACACCCACAUCGGAACGGAACCUAAGAUAUAGUCUUAAAUAAAGAGAGAGUGCAGCCAGCAGAUCCGCACGGACUAGGCCUAGAUCUAGACCUUGUUGACGAUGCUUCUACAGCCACAAGACACACGAAACUUGAACACAGCCCUAUUUGUAUUGAUUUUGAACAUUGAACACACUGCAUGUAAACCCCAUACACAUAUAUGUAAACGUACGAAAGUACUGUGCAUCAUUAUGUAUUGCUGAUUAUCGUUAAAUAAAUUUCCAAUUUG